UGUAACUCAGGCGUCCGCUGAGCUUACCGACUGUUCCUGUUGUGCUCACUUCUUUGUGAGGGAGAUAAAAUAUCAAAUUUUGAAGUGUAAUUCUCUACCUCAACCGCGACGACAUGGCGGGAAACUUCUGGCAAAGUUCACAUUAUUUGCAGUGGGUGCUGGAUAAACAGGACCUGAUGAAAGAGCGGCAGAAGGACCUGAAGUUUCUCACGGAAGAGGAGUACUGGAAGCUCCAGAUCUUCUUCGCCAAUGUGAUCCAGGCUUUAGGGGAACACCUGAAGCUGCGGCAGCAGGUCAUUGCUACAGCAACCGUCUACUUCAAACGCUUCUAUGCCAGGUAUUCCCUGAAAAGUAUAGACCCAGUGCUCAUGGCACCCACUUGUGUUUUCCUGGCUUCCAAAGUUGAGGAAUUUGGAGUUGUUUCUAAUACCAGGUUGAUCUCUGCAGCAACAUCUGUGUUGAAGACAAGAUUUUCAUAUGCUUUCCCGAAGGAGUUCCCAUACAGAAUGAAUCAUAUAUUAGAAUGUGAGUUCUACCUCCUGGAGUUGAUGGACUGCUGCCUGAUUGUGUACCACCCCUACAGACCACUGUUGCAGUAUGUGCAGGAUAUGGGACAGGAGGACAUGCUGCUGCCACUGGCCUGGCGAAUAGUGAAUGACACGUACAGGACAGAUCUGUGUCUGCUCUACCCUCCCUUCAUGAUCGCCCUCGCCUGUCUGCAUGUUGCUUGUGUGGUCCAGCAGAAAGACGCCAGGCAGUGGUUCUCAGAGCUCUCUGUCGACAUGGACAAAAUUCUGGAGAUUAUCCGUGUCAUUCUGAAGCUCUACGACCAGUGGAAAAACUUUGAUGACAGAAAGGAAAUAGCGGCUGUGCUAAAUAAGAUGCCUAAACCCAAACCUCCUCCUAACAGUGAGGGUGACCAGAGCUCCAACGGGAACCAAAGCAACUCUUACAGCCAGUCUUAGCAUGGGGGCGGGGGGCGGUGGGUCUACAUUUUACAAGGGAAUCCAUAAUUUUGAUGUAGAGAGGGGCGGACCUUUUUUUAAAAAUAUGUCACACGGCACAAACUUUUGCAAUGUCCGUUUGGAAAAAUCGGUGACCAAGAAAUGUCCCUUCACCCGUGGCCAUGUUUUCACGUUCCUCCUCUCUGAUCAAUGUGUGUUCGUGGAUUGACUCGUUGAAAUGCCUGAAAGUGAACAAGCCAAGUCGGCGACAGCAGCUUUGCCGUCUCAACUCUGCGACAGACUUGAAACGAACUUUAACCAAGGAACACGUGGGGGAGGGGGAGGCCGGGAAUGUGGGGUAAAGUGAUGGGAAAAACUUUGGGGGGUAGAAACUUUUCGUCAUUGUGACAAUCCUGACAUCCUUGAACAGCCCAGGAGAGCGAGUCUUUUCAUCGAGAAACGAUUCGAGAAAGAAAAACAACUUGAUUCCUAGUACUGUGUGUGUUUGGGUGUGCGCGUGUGUACAACAUGUUAGCGCCCGGUCUGUGUGGGGUUUUCAUUCCUCAGGGACUAUAGUUUAGUAGUCUUCUCUGUAAGAUAAUUUGAUAAUUAAUAAUUUGAUGUGCUGUUGCGUCCGAUUAUCACCCUGUGUGUCUAUGACGUGAUUGGAUACUCCUGCUCUCUCUUUAAGUUACAAAUGAGGCUCUUUUUAACAACACUUUACUCUGUUGACUCAUGACAGCUCCACCUCCUUCCUCCCGCUCUUCCCUCUCGUAAAUAACGUCAUUCUUUUAUUUUAUCUUUCAUGUUUUCCCUUAUUAAGGUAAACUGUGAUGGAAAUCGUGCCGGUUCCGCUUUGUGCUUGUGCUUCAGAUGAAAGAGCCCCUGUUCAUUUCCCUGUCAUGGUCCUUUUGCCUGCUGCAAAGCUUAUUCUUUUUUUCUUUAAAAAAAAUGUAAUUAUGUGUUCAUUUAUGCUGCUUUAGUUGUAAAUGUUUUUUGUUUUUUUAUUUAGUUUAGGCUUUUUUGGGGGGGGAUGCAAAUUACAAUCGUUUUAGAUUUGUCUGCAAACUUUGGGUUGUACAUUCUUAUAUUUUUUAUUUACCUUCUGCCAUCUAUUUAAUCAUUGAAUUGUGGCAGCCUGUGUGUGUGUGUGUGUGUGUGUGUGUGUGUGUGUGUGUGUGUGUGUGUGUGUGUGUGUGUGUGUGUGUGUGUGUGUGUGUGUGUGUGUGUGUGUGUGUGUGUGUGUGUGUGUGUGUGUGUGUGUGUGUGUGUGUGUGUGUGUGUGUGUGUGUGUGUGUGUGUUUACUCAAACCAGGUGCUUGAAAGCCUUAUAAUAUAAAAGCUGCUGGUCACAGAGAAACCCCUUCAUAACAGCACAUUGUUCCAUUCAGGUGAACUGUAAAAAUUUCCGAGUUAGUGUUGUAUUAAUUGGACUCGCUGUCUCUCGUCCCCUCUGUGGCCUCCUGUGUAUUUGCCUCUGUCGGAAAGUCACAUUAACGGGGACACAAUCAUGUUGUUAAAUAAAGCCGACCACUCCCAUGUCUCUUCCCUUCGCUGAGUGAGGAGACAGAAGUGAGACUGUGAAUCCUUGAGGCAAGUACGAUGCCGCCUUCUGGCAUUUUCCUUCCCUCAGGGCAGGCUCCAUCUGCUACAUGACUGCUUUCAUGACUGGGUGUUAAAAAAAUAGAAGGGCUUAACCCCCACCUAAAUAUUCCCUACUGUCUCUGAUCAACAACACUCUACCAAAACAGUUUUUACUUGAAAGUCUUAAUGUUUUAUCAUUUGUGAUAAUAAAAUGUAUUAUGUGCAGAAACUCA